UAUCCCACAAUGCGUUUCGGUGUUCCUGUAGCCUUCAAUGUGCAAACAAACCAGCUAUGUAUAAGUGAAUGUCGGCGGUGGAUCUCUGCAGUGCACUGGCAAAGCGUCAACGGCGCAGACGCGGAGAACAACCGGGUCUGUAAAGCGAAGAACAUCCCAACCCGGACACAGGAUUGUUAUUAUCAAACGUUAGGGAUAUUUGUUUACAAUGGGAGUUGAUUAGAAACGAGCGUGCUGUAGAACAAGUAAACCAGUAGCCUGCGUUAUGUCUUUUCUUUGAAAAUUCCACGUAUAUUUUAUUUUCCUCAAAUUAAAUGAAACCCAUCUAACAUCCAAUGUAGCGCGCCGCGUUACAUCGCUGCUUGGUUUGAGCUCUUUGAUCACCGGCUAUUCUUUUUCAUUUUCACUUCCUAAUAGUUGUACUCCUUCACGGGAGUCAUUUUACUCAUUUUCGCUGGAGUGGUCUGAGGAAUCUUCAAAUUUGACGGGGUUAGGAGGAGACUCGAGGGUUUUUUUCCAGCCGGGAGUGGGGAAUAAUAUGUCCAGACGGAAACAGACAAACCCCUUCAAAGUUAAUUGUAGGUAUCUCAGGGCUGUUCCACACCCCAGGGCUAGCGGACUCUGAGCACACUUUGGAGAUGGACGUGAGAGACGACUUCGCUGAAGACAGCGAGUGCCACAGCAACAACUCCCAGGAAGCCGAAGAGCAAGACAGCAUGACAGAUGAGAGUUACAGCGAUCUGGACAACCACGGUGAGGACUCGUCCUCCAACACCUCUGCCGACGACAUCAUGACUGGCCACAAGCAGCGCCGCCACUGUUCCCAGGAGGGAGGGGUCAAAGAGGAGUGCAAGGAAGGGGGUGACUUUGAGGGAAACUACAUGUGUCCCCUCUGCACGCUGGAGUUCCGCCACUCAGAGCAGCUCAUCGCUCACGUCUACCAGCAUACGUCGUCAGUGGGUGGCAGCAAGAGCUUCGUGUGCCCAGUGUGCGGGCGGGCUCUGAGCUCGCCCGGAUCCUUGGGCCGCCAUCUCCUCAUCCACUCUGAGGACCGGCUGUCCAACUGUGCCGUGUGUGGUACACGCUUUACCGACACCACCAAUUUCAACAGGGAGAAGCUGAAAGACUUCUUUAAUUCCAGCAGUAUGGACCUGUCAGGUAGCGGCAGUGGUUGUGUGGAUGGUAGCUGCUCUAUGCCAUCCCGGCCCCAACACCACCCCCACGCUCAUCCGUCUGGCGGCCCCCCUCCCCAGCCCCCUCCCGGCCCCUCGCUGCCCUCCCUCCCAGACAGUCUGCUGUCCUCCUCCACACCCCCGUCCCUCCCUCCGCUCCCUGACCCUCUCAGCCAGUCAGGGGCCGCCGGCCUGCCCCCUCUGCCGGACCUCCUGAGCCCGAUGCCCGUGUACCCGGCCGGCGUGCUGCUGGUGUGCAACAGCUGUGCGGCCUACCAGCAGCUGGCGGAGGCCAACUCCCCGGCCAUGCGCCGGUGGGCGUCGCGGCGGCGCAACGAGCCCCAGGCGGCGCGCAUGCACCGCCUGGAGCGCGAGCGCACGGCCAAGAAGAGCAAGCGCGCCUGCGAGUCGCCCGAGGAGCGCGAGCUGCGGCGCCUGCGCGACCGCGAGGCCAAGCGGCUGCAGCGGCUGCAGGAGUCGGAGGAGCAACGGGCGCGGCGGCUGCAGCGCGACCGCGAGGCCAUGCGCCUCAAGCGCGCCAACGAGACGCCCGAGAAGCGGCAGGCGCGGCUGGUGCGCGAGCGCGAAGCCAAGCGGCUCAAGCGUCGGCUGGAGAAGAUCGAGCCGGGGCUGCGCGUGCAGAUCGAGCACGACCCGGCCGCCAUGGCCGCGCUCACCGCCGACAUGAGCCUCUUCCAGUUCCCGUACCCGCUGCAGGGCGGCGUCACGCCCCCGGCCUCCGCGCCCUCCUCGCUGGACAACGGCCUCUUCAUGCGGCUGGCCGAGCCCGUGCCCCAGCUGCCGCUUGCGCUGCGCCCGCUCGGCUCUGACUGCAAGAUGGGCAUCAGCGAGUCGGCACAGAACCAGUGAUCCUCGCCACAACCCCAACCACGAACCCACUGACCCGUGCAGAGGGGAAACUGUUCCCAUGUGGACCUCUGGGCAUUCUCCAGUUCGAACAUAAACAGAACUCAGAAUGAGCAAAACACUUCUAUCUCGAAAAAACACAUAGACUUCUUUUAUGAGGGAAGAGACUGGGAACCCACGCAAACACAAAAAACAGGGUUACGAAUGUUUUUUAUUUUCCAACAUGUAUGCCUAUUGAGCAUGAUAUUAACAUUACAAGAGAUUCUGUCUGUUUUGCCCAGCAGGGCAUUCAGAUUUACAGCCAGCCCACUUCUGGAUGGACCGGCGGCACACUUCCAUAGAGAAGAAGGAGCUGCGCAUUUGCACAUGGACCUGCAGUUCCAGUGGUGGGCCUCAGCCCACCGUCACGGUUUACCAGUAGCCAGUACUCCCUCCUGCCACCAGCAGGGGGCUCUCAGCCAGGCUAGCUCAUAUCCACAGAACCAACACUACCUCGUUUUGGGCCCAUCAGCACUCCACCUGACCUUUGGACUCCCAGCAGGGCCUCAGGGGCCCUACUGGGCCACACACACACACACAUUCAUAGACUUGAUGUUCUUGAUGCUAACUAAUACAAACACUAUCUCUCACACACACACACACACACACACACAAAGUGGUAUUUUCUUUCUUUCCUAUUUCUUUCUUUCUUUCUUUCUUUCUCUUCUGAAAUUGUACGUCCAUCUCUGCCUUGUUCCCCAAGAGGUAAUUCACUAGUUUUUUUCUUGUGGGUCCUGCCCAUUGUGAAAGGCUUCAUAAAAGGGUCUUUUCAUAUAGCACAGGCAGAUACCAGAAUGACGGCAGACUGGAUGUGAACAGCCUUACUAAAUAUGAAGGUCACCAGUUUGUACCACAGGCAGUUCACUUCUCUCUCUCUUUCUUCAUAUCUUUCAAUAUCUGUCUCACUCUAACAGAUACACUGCAGUAAAAGAUAUCCUUCCAAAGCCUCCGUACACUACUGAACUACACACGGGUCUAGAUAGCACUCAGGAGCUUCGAGGCGGGACAGUCUCUCCAUCACCACGUUGAGCUCCUCUCACACACUUCUCCCACUCACCACACACUCGUCACACGCUCACCUGAUGUACACUGCCACUUUUCUGUUCUCAACCGCUCCAUUUUUACCGGUCACAUUGACCUCUCUGGACCUGUGACAGUCUUUGUGUUUGUGUACUUUUAUUUUGCACAUUGCAACUGCAUUGCAACCCUCAUUCCUUCCCCUGCCGACUGUCCCAGCCAAGUCCGGUUCCUCAGGGCUUACAAGGCUGCAGCUGGACCUCCCUCUGGUUCGCCCCUGGCCCGUGUAGGUCAGCUCAGCACCGAUCCUGGAGAACCCACAGAACCCAAUCUCUCUCUCUCUCUCGCUGCUGUUACCAUUACUGUAUAACGUGUAUGAUACCUCUGAAGCCGCCAGGGGCCACGCUCCACAAACUCCCGAGGUGCCGUCAGUGCAUUUGUUUCACCCAAUGUGUCAGCGCUGCCUUCGUCACUGGAUUAAGAUAAUGAGAUUUAAGUUAUGACUUCAUAUUUUUAUUGUCUCUUUUUUUUUUUCCACAACAAAUACCUACCUUGAUACCUUGUUUUGUGUGUACAGUAAUGUUAUUAUUAUUCUAAAGAUGCUAGAAAUGGUGUUUGCAAUUAUGCAAGAUAACGUUGAGGGUAUUUGUUAUAUAUUUAUUACCUACGAGCAGGACCACCGCAUAAAGGUUCCAACUUAUGAUGCAAUGUGGUACAAAAGCCAAUCAGGCACACGACAUCCCUGGAAGACCUGCGGUCAAACAGCUUAGAAGACUAAAGGGAACAUUUAGCUACAGUUCUCUUUGGAGUUCUUUUAGAGGAUAGAAGUUCUCUUUGGAGUUCUUUUUGAGUAGAAAUCUGUCGGCAUGCAGACAGGGAGAGUUGCAAACUCUUGUGCCAUCCUUGACCACUUCACCUCAGAAUCCUCAUUCUAUCUCUGGAAACACAGGGCCAGUACUCAGAAUUCCAUUCCACAAUUGUCUUUAAGGUCAUCGUUUAAGAUUAGAUAUUGACUAGCCAGGAUUAUUUUUUUUAAAGAAUACUGUUGAGAUCUAUUUAAAAACAAUACGCUUUUCACUAUAUUACUUUUUUUCUGACUGAAUAUGUAUGAUUAACAACGUUGGUGGUAUUCAUUCUUGAUCCCUGUUUGAGCAUCACAGACUACAGCAGUGACAAGUUUGAAAUGUGAGCGCUGUGACUCACCCAGGCCCAAGGGUGGCUGAAUCCGCUAUGCAACAUUGGGUUUGUAUUACCGACACACAUUUGACACUUUCUACAAUGACUAUGCAGACUGCUUCAAAAAUGGACUCCACUGAAUCGCACAACUCAGGCAAUUCAAACUCAAGUCAACUCAAUGGUCUCUUCUCUGGCCCCAGGGUCAGAACACUGAACCGCAAACACAGCAGGGGACCUCCUCUGGCCGACCGCUCACCUCAGUCAUUGACCUAAACAGUCAGAAGAUGUAGGAUUGCUAUCUUGACUGAAAACUACCUGUCAUAAAAAUAUCUUUUUUUUUUUUCUUUUCGACUAAGGAUUCUGUGAUUUCACAGUGUACUGACAAACAUCCUCCAGGCCAGAAGCUCCACAAAGGACAACAAACUAGUGUGAUUUACAGCAAGCCUUUCUAUUUCUUCAAGUCUUACAUGUUUUUGAGAUACCAAUCAUUUCCAAAAAAAAAAAAAAGCAGUAUGGUUUGUCACACAAUGCUAAUGGUUAUUUGUAAUACCUAGGGAGUUUGCCACGUGAAUCAAAGAGUUAUGGAAAUGUAACAAUCUCCCAUGUACAGAAUGAAGCAAGCACAUAACUUUGUAUUGUCAGGGAAGGAUUGGUUUGGCAGUGCUUGCUAAAGUUUAACUUUGUUUCUCCUUUGGCUCAGCGUAGCCAGGCUCAGAGAGGGCAGAGACCCCUUCUGGGCUCAAAACUGCAUGUGAUGACCUGCAUUUGUCUUGAAUUGUUGAGUAUGAGCUUGUGUUCCGCAAUUUACUUUUUUGCCUGCCCGAGUUCCUCCCAUCCUUCCCCCUCCCCUCACUGUCUAUGAUUCACCGGUAGAUAGGGGACCCUUGAGAUUGUUUUUGAAUGCCUUGAAAGGUUUUUUUUUGUUUUUUUUAGUCCGUCAAUCAGGAUUCUUUCUUGAUGUUCAUGUUUACAGAAUUAUCUACGAUAAAGGCCAAAAUGAAUGAGGGCAUCCGGAGGUGGGAAAAGAAGAUGCAAUGAUUGCGUUGUGUCAUUUUUCUUAAUGGUCUCUGUUACUGGCUUAACAGAUGUACAGAUUCACAAUGGACCCUGCAAAUAGAAUGUGGAGUAAAACAUUGACUUUACAGCU